CCUUCAAAUUCUCGCUCCUCCUCUUAUCUGCUAGGGUUUUGCAACUCUUAUGAGCUAUGAAUUUCUGCUGUAUUUCUUGAACUUAAUCUCUUAUUAUGGAAAUCGGGCAAUGUGUGUUGAGUAUGCUCGUUAAGGUGUAGGGAUUUGCCCUGGUUUGAUCUGUUUAUAGGAAGAAUCAAUUUUCUGGAAGGAGCACUGGAAUCGCUGCAAAAUGAGACUGACACGAGGUUUUCCCUUUGCGUAGCUGUGGAAAAUGAGUAUUUAGUUAGUACUGGUGCAUUUCGUUUAGGAGUGUGUAUCUAGUUGGUAUGCCAAGGAAACGAUUCAUACCGAAAGGAAUAUGAGAUGCAUCUUCACAUUAUUGAAAUGCCAGAUUUAUCUCCAAAACGAGAUUUAGCGAGGCUUGUGAAAAAAGAGCCUGAAUAUUAGUGGAUGCUGAUAUAUUUUUACCAGAUUUGAACGGUUAAUACGAGUUUUUGGUUGGGAAAAGUGCGAAAAGUUCUUUAGAAUGGAACAAAUAUGUGGCAUUUCUUGCCAGAUUUAGUUCAGGAAAGAGUUCUAACAAAGUUUCGAAGUGACAAUCUGACGUUGUGUUUUCAAGAUCAAGCAAUAUGCGGUUUAGGCGAACUAGAAACAAGGAGUCCAUAGCCCUUUUUGAAGGAAUGAUUUGAAGCAAGACAGUGGGUUUUCUUUCCCAGCUUUCAGUGGUCCGAUCUUAUUUUGGUGACAUCUUUCUGGGGAAUGCUGGGGAAACAUGGCCAUGAUGCUUUGGGUGAAUGGAGUAUACGUUUAGACUUUGUUUAGCUGUCCUUAUAUAGAGUCUAAAUCCUUUUUGAAGAUGCAUUGCACAAUAACGGCAGAUUCCCCCUUGGAUUAUGCUGCCUUUCAAUUUUCACCGAAACGCACAAGUUAUGAGGCAUAUGUUUUUGGAGAAGGGAAGUCAGAGAAACUUGCUGAGGGACCUUUUGGGCCUCUAGCGGCGCACUUGCCUGCCGUGAAAGAGCAGAUAGAAGGAUCUGAGAAUGUCAUCAGGUUGCAGCUACCUGAGAGCCUAAGUGGUGCGUCAUGGUUCACGAAGUGCACUUUGUAUAGGUUCCUGCAUAUUGUAGGGAAACCUGAGGUGCUGAGGAAAGCGGGUGCUAUUGAAAAUGAGAUGGCACAGUUGGAGGAGGCAAGAAGGUUCCAUCUCUCUCUUUAUGCGAAGGGUGGACAAGAUCAUGCGUCAAAUGGGGCCACUGAUGUAAGCUGCUCGUCUGAUGCUACCAAGAAUGAACUACUGCGAGCAAUGGAUGUGCGUCUCCUUACAUUAAGAGGAGAACUGAUUGAUGCUUUCAAUCUAGCAGCUGGAACUGCAUGUUCCUUUGGACAAAUUGCUCAUCUAGUAGAAUUUGCUCAGCAUUUUGGAGCAACAGAUUUAAGGAACUCAUUUUUGAAGUACUUAGCUCUGAGCGAAAACAACCAAGCAGGUGAUUCAGAAAAGAAUGAUACCCUUAGUGUCAUGGAAAAAUCAGAUAUCCAUGCAACAAAUGAAUUUGAGCAAAGAUCAUUUGGUUCUCUUGCACCAGCUGGAAAACUCCAGGAGGGAGAAAUGUAUCCAAGAUGUGGAGUAUCUCCAGCAAAAAUUGCAGAAGUUGAGCGCAAAAGUCCAACUGAAAGUGAAGAAUCCUCUAAUUCAAGUGAAGAAGAAAGGUCACCUGUGGAAAGAAGCCGGCCUAUGAUAAGGUCUGCAUCCCCGAGAAGGUCAGCGUCACCAAUGCGUCGAAUCCAAAUAGGGAGAUCAGGAUCUCGGCGCUCCACUGCCCUCACCAUUAAAAGCCUCAGUUAUUUCCCGACAAAAGAAAGGAUAUCGGUGAGCCGAGAAACUGGCGAUGCAAGUGGGGAUGAAGAAGCAGCAGAUCAGCCCAUAAAGAAGCCCGAUAAUUUGGUGAGGAGGAUGAGUGUCCAAGAUGCCAUCAAUCUCUUUGAGAGUAAACAAAGAGAUUUGAGCUCGGAUAUUCAGAAACGGAGGGCAUCGACAGAGACAGGAGGAACAUCUCUGAGUGCUAACAAGGCUGUGUUGAGGAGAUGGAGUGCUGGAAUGGGAGAUAGUGCCACACAAUGUGAAACCUCUAACCAAGAGGUUUUCUCAACCACUCAAGAAGUAAAAAAUGAUUUGGAAGAGCAGAAAGAAACUGGGGCUCCAACUGAUUUUGAGGUAGUGUUCAAUCCUGGGAAGCAAGAUAUGGUUAAGGCUACUGAAACAGUAAGUGAUUUUACAGUGCAGAACAACGUUUCUGAUGCUGGUGAUUCUCCAAAGCCCCAAGACGCACUAACUCAAAAAACUGAUUCGGCAGAAUGGAAUCGACAAAAGGAAGCAGAGUUGAACCAGAUGUUGAUGAAGAUGAUGGGGAGCCGGCCAAUGGGUCAUCAAAAUCAGAUUGGAACCAAUAGAAACCAGGAUCUUCUUGGUGAACAAAAUAGGGGUUUCUAUGAUCAUUACAAGGAGAAGAGAGAUGAGAGGCUUAGAGGGGAGAAUGCUGGGAAAAGAGCGGAGAGAGAAGCCAAGUUCAGAGCAAUGCAAGAGGCAUUGGAACAAAGGAAAGCAGAGAUGGCGAGUAAGAGCACAGGUCCCUCUGCCAAAACUGGCACCCCUACUUAUGCUACAAAAUCUCAGAGAAACUCAUCACCUUCAAUGCAACAACCCAAGAGGGAGGUUUCGAAACCAGGUCCCAUAAAGAAGGCAUCUCCAAGGGCCUCACCAGUGACCUCUACACGUGGUGCUACACAACAGUUGGCUUCGCCUAGAACUAUUGCCCCUAAUAAAACGUCUACUACAUCUGCCACUACACCAACACGCCGGAAAAAUCAAUCUACACCACCGUCUGUAGCGAAACCUGGGCGGAAAAUAGAGAGAGAGCCUCAACCCACAAAAGCCGUGGUUGCUCGAAAAGAAGCUCAGACUGAUAGUACCAAGCGGGGCUUGAAAAGCAAGAUGGAGAAGGAGAAACCAUCAGGAGUGAGAAAGAGUGUUCAUGGUGUGAUUGCUGCAAAGGCUUCACCUGAUUCUGCAACUGCUCAAGCUAAGCCAAGCUUUUACAGUAAGGUUACCAAGAAGAGCAGCGUAGUGCCUCUUGAGUCAAAGCCUUUCUUGAGGAAAGGGGCUGGUAUUGGGCCAGGCAUUAGCAAGACAAAAGGUUCGACCCAAACUGAUGAUCUAUCAAAAAGCCCUGAAACUCCAGCACAACCCCAGGUGACAACAGUGCCUACUAUCGAUCAAGUCGAGGCUCCCCUAUUGCCAGAUCCAGGAGAAGCCCAAGCAAGAACCCUUCCUCCGGAACCCAUACUUCCUCCAAAUGAACCCGAUCCUAUGCCUGAGCUGGAGCCCGAACCUGAGCCUGAGAAACCUCUUAAUAGCAGUCAUAAUUUUGAAAAAUUGGCCAUUUCAGACCAUUAUUCAUCUGUUACAAAAAAUAAGGGAGGUGAAGCUGUUCAAUCAGUGGAAGAGAUCACUCCUUAUAAGGCUGACGAGGACGUGGCAGCUGCCCUGUGGGCUGAGCCUGAGCCAGAACCCCCUGUGGCUUGUGAUACCAGCCCAAAGGUUAUGGCAAAUCGGGGAGCUUUUGGGCCUGCAAUUUCAAGUCCACGUGUUCGUCACUCUUUAUCACAGAUGCUUAGGGCUGAUAGCGGUGAGGCUGACCUCAUUAGUGAGUGGGGCAAUGCAGAGAACCCACCGGCUAUUGUGUAUCAAAAAGAUGCCCCCAAAGGGUUAAAGAGGUUGCUUAAGUUUGCGAGGAAGAGUCGUAAUGAGAGCAUAGCGAGUGGGUUGGCUAGCCCUUCGGUGGGCUCUGAGGGGGAAGAUGAUGGAGAGGAGGCAAAGGGAGUGGGGAAGAGGCAUUUGGAUGCGAUGGCACUGAGGAAGUCCGCGGUGCAAGGAAGGGGGUUUGGGUUCGAUAAGGCGGUUUUUAAUGAGAGUUUUGACAGUGGGAGUUCGAGCAAAAGGUCUGUGGAUUACCGUGGAGCCCACGAUCUUAUGCAGGCUCAAACGCACAUGGGAAGCUUUGCUGGCCAGAACUCUUCACUAAACCAGACAACAGCUUCAACUAAAGGAAGCCGAUCGUUCUUUUCACUGUCAACAUUUAGGAGCAAAGGAAGUGAAGCAAAGACCCGUUGAUACCUAAUAGACAGAUGCAUAUCAUGCAAAUGAGAAAAUGUUAUAGGUUAACACCUCAUACUCUCUCUCUGGGAUAAGCAAAAAGGUCAUGCUCUCUCUCUUGCUCGCAGAGAUGCCAAAUUUAACGUUGUUUUCUUAAUGGACACGGUUUCCAUGCGGCCAGCCCGCUUAUUGUAGAAAUGCGGGCUUGGCACUAAAUAUAUCUUUGACAUGGAGAUCGUGAAUAUGAAAAAAGAAAAUUUGAAAACUAGAAA